CAGGGCGAUCGACUCUUGUCACUCGCAUGCGACCUCUGCAUCUUUGAGUUAGUUAGUCUGUUUGGGGGUUUUAUGUAUGUACAGCAGAUGACGAUGCUUCUUUUGAGGAAAACCGGGCCGACGGCGGCGCGGACGAAAUACUGCCGGUUAUUUUCUGCGUCACGGACUCACCUGAACGACAGAAAAGGUCUGGUGCUGGGAGCUUUUGAGAAGGAGGGAGACGAGGCUGGCCUUCAUCUUACUGAAGCAGCUGCUAGUUUUGAUAAAAACAUUUCUGGAAAACUCUCUGAACUGCUGAAAAUCUCUGGGCCGACUCUCAAGAAAGGCAGAAGCAGAAUAUUUUAUGGAAUCCACGAGGACUUCCCGUGUGUGGCAGUAGUUGGGCUGGGUAAGACCAGUGCAGGUGUGUGUGCUUCAGAAAACUGGGACACCAGCAAAGAGAACAUCAGACAGGCGGCAUCAGCUGGCUGCCGCCUGCUCCAGGACCUGGAGGUCAACCAUGUGGAGGUGGACGGCUGCGGCGAUGCCCAAUCGGCAGCAGAAGGCGCCGCUCUGGGUUUGUUCCAGUACGACCAACUCAAAUCUAAGAAGAAGACUAAAGUAACCACACAGCUCCACGGAAGUUCUGACUCGGCCGGGUGGCAGAAAGGAGUCAAGUAUGCAGAUGGCCAGAAUCUGGCACGGCUACUCAUGGAAGCUCCCGCCAAUCACGUCACUCCUACUGCUUUUGCCAACACAAUCGAAGAGCGAUUGGCGGUGCUUUCUGAAAGAGUCACAGUAAACAAGAGAUCUCAGGCCUGGAUAGAGCAGCAACAAAUGGGAGCGUUUCUCAGUGUGUCCAGAGGCUCAGAAGAGCCCCCUGUCUUCCUGGAGCUACAUUACAACGGUUCUCCUGACAGCAAGCAGCCCCCACUGCUCUUAGUGGGCAAGGGCAUCACCUUUGACAGUGGUGGUAUUUCUCUGAAGCCAUCUCCUUCCAUGGAUGCGAUGAGAGCUGAUAUGGGGGGAGCGGCCACAGUCUGCGCAUCCAUCGUCACGGCAGCGGCUCUUAAACUACCAAUCAACAUUAUUGGUCUGGCUCCCCUGUGUGAGAACAUGCCCAGUGGAAAAGCUACGAAACCAGGGGAUGUCGUCACGGCCAAAAAUGGAAAGACAAUCCAGGUCGAUAAUACAGAUGCAGAGGGCCGACUGGUUCUCGCUGACGCACUGUGUUACGGACACACCUUCAACCCCAGAGCCAUCGUCAACGUCGCUACGCUGACAGGUGCGAUGGAUGUUGCUCUUGGAUCGGCGGCAACUGGAGUGUUUACAAACUCUGACUGGCUGUGGGAGCAGCUGCACAAGGCUAGUGUUGUGACAGGUGACAGAGUGUGGCGGAUGCCUCUGUUCCAGCAUUACACCAGACAGGUGACUGACAGCCAGCUGGCUGACCUCAACAACAUUGGCAAGUACAGUCGUUCCGGCGGUGCAUGCACAGCAGCUGCAUUCCUCAGAGAGUUUGUCUCAGCUCCUCAUUGGGCACAUCUGGACAUCGCAGGUGUGAUGAGCAACAAAGAUGAGGUUCCGUACCUUAGGAAAGGCAUGUCUGGUAGACCUACGCGUACGCUGGUGGAGUUUGCUGCCGGAUUGGCCAACAGUGGCUGAGGGAGUGACACGAAUAGCAACACAAGACUCUGCGUGUGAGCCUCUUUUAUGAAAAGAUUCGACCAUGAUUCCUCAGCAAUGGCCAGGGUUAGAAGUCAGAAAUUGAAUCCGUUUAGAUUCACUGCUGUAUUUGUUAAACCAACUAGGCGCCGUUAAUGUUCACAAACUGCUAAUCAGUGUAAGAGACCACAAUUCAAUACUGGUUCAGUGGAUCCCUACAUCUUGUAAUUUCAGCAACGGACGCUCAGUCGGAACUUUCAAACCUUAAAUUUAUAUGUUGUACAAAAUAAAGUCUUACCAUUAA